GCAAGCCACUGGCCACUGGCCACCACCCGAUCAGGAAUUGUACAAAAAUCGUACUAUAACCAAGCGUCGUACGUGCAGGUGCAGGAAUUUCGCUCAGGAGCAGAGAGAGAGAGACGAGAAGAGAAGAGAAGAGAGAGAUUUACAGGUGCGCCCAAGGUUUGGUUCACCAUGUCGCCCCGCCGUGCGCGGCUGCGCCCGGGCUCCUGUGGAUCCCGAUUCGCGGCGAUCCACGACGCACUGGUGCGCAGGACACGGCGGCGCCAUCGGCAUCGGCAUCGGCUGCCCGCAGGUAGUGGGUCGAAGGCUUCAUCAACUGAAACAAAUGGUGCAACCUGCAAACAAGGUGAAAGCACGCAAAAUAUGAGACAAGAACUUGGUCUGGAGGAACUCCCAGAGGACAUCAUACAUCAUAUACAUUCUCUCUUGCCAGUACAUGAUGCUGCUCAUGCUGCCUGUGUGUCCCGUAGGUUUCGGCGUUCCUGGAGAAGCUAUUCCAGCCUCAUACUCAGUGAGCGUACACUUGGUUUCGACAGAAAAAAUGAGGAAUGGAAAACCCUUCUCAUUGACAAAGUUGACAAAAUUCUUACAAACCAUUAUCACAAUGGGGUGAAGGUGAAGACACUUAAACUUGAUAUUGGCCCUUGCAGAGAUAUCAAAGCCUCCUACCUCGACAGGUGGCUCCGAAUCAUUAAACCUGGGAUCCAAGAAUUUAGCUUGCUGUUGCCUUUAGUCGUCAAGAAAAUCUACAGCUUCCCGUGUUCAGUUUUAUCUAAUGAGGCAGCAGCAAGUUCAAUUCAGUCUCUUAGCCUCUUUGGUUGUGCUUUUCAUCACACAUCAGUACUUGGGCAGUUGAGAAAAUUGAAAAGUUUGAGUCUGUGUUAUGUCCAAGUUACUGAGGAUGGAUUAGGGCACUUGCUGUCUAAAUCUUCCAUCCUGGAGUGGCUAGAGAUUGAAGCAUGUAGUGGGAUAGUUUGCUUGAAAAUACCUUGUACGCUGCAGCAGCUCAAGUUCCUCAGUGUUAAAAAAUGCGAGAUGGUGCGGGUGGUAGAGAUAGAUGCUCCGCGUCUUUGCUCUUUUCACUAUUGGGGGACACCGGUCAUCCAUGUCCAAAAUUCUUCGCAACUUAGGAACGUAGAUAUUUCACCUGUCAACCAGUCUGGUAUUCUCUCUUAUGCUCGAUUUAGCCUUCCGUCCAUCGCGCACAAUGUUGAGAGCCUCACCCUGCACAGCGGUCGUAGUGAGAAUGCCAACACUCCGAUGCUGCCGUCCAAGCUCCCCCACCUCAAGAACUUGAAAAUUUCACUCCUUGAACCCUGGUUAUCCCCGAACUAUGAUGUCUUCUCUCUGGUUUCUUUUCUUGAUGCUUCUCCUGCCUUGGAAUCUUUCAUCCUACGCGUAGAGGAGAAUGCUAUGGUGCAUGAUCCUGUUGUUGGAGACGACACUGAAUACCGGAGGAAGAAUCUGGAUUUUCGGAAUGACAGUCUCAGGAAGGUGAUGAUCACGGGCUUCUGUUCUGCCAAGAGCCUGGUUGAGCUCACAAUUCACAUCCUCGAGACAACACAUUCACUUGAGCGCUUAACGCUGGACACAACCUAUGGCUACGAUAGGAUGACUUGUAACAUUGGCAAAUUGCCAACCGCAAGAAUGAUUGGCAAAUGUUCAUCAUUGAGCAAGAGAGCUCUCGAGGAAGCUCAUAGAGCCGUGGAGACAGCGGAUAGAUACAUCAAGGGAAGAGUUCCCUCGGCUGUUCAAUUCGAGGUUCUGGGGCCCUGUCCUCGAUGCCAUAUUGGAAAGUAGGUAGAUCAUGGCUGUGUGCAUCGCUUGAUGCACAGGCCCGAGGUAGUCCUCCUUUUCGAGAAAAAGGUACCAGUGGAUCAAUGACGUGGUAUGUUGGUAUCUUGGUAGCAAUAGAUACUGAUUGGUGUGUCUAUUAAUUUUGUUGCUGUGAACAAUAAGAGAUUUAUUGGCCAGGCUUUUGUUCAACUCCGGAAGUGGGACUCUGUGUUAUAUUGAGUUAUAUGUUCAUAUAGAGAUAUUAUAAGUUGUGUUAAUACAAUAUUAAGAGAUUAUUUGCAGCUAUUUUAA